AGACCGGCGGGGCCGCCGCGCCGACUCUGCCCCGGCCGCUCGCCCCGCGCCCCGUCCUGCGCUCCUCCUGCUCCCCGCCUCGCCAAAGCUUCUCCCUGUCCUCGCUUCGGAGUUCUUUGGUCUUCUUACUUUUUGUUAAUUUUUUUUUUUUUUUUUUUGGCGUUUUUUUGCUGAGGAGAAUUUUUAAAAAGUUUUUGGUUUGUUGUUUUUUUCUUUUUGCGAACUUCUCGCUGUUCUUCUCCCUCCUCUCCGCCGCCGGUGGAGACUUUGUUUCUCCGAGUUUUUACUUUUUUUUAACCCGUCCCUGCCCCUUAGCGCCUAACUUUUUUAUAUUUUCUAUUAUUAAUUUUGUUUUUCGCCCCCUCGUUCCCCCCUCGGCCACUUUCUCGCAUGAAUCUCCUCGACCCUUUCAUGAAAAUGACAGAAGAACAGGACAAAUGUAUCUCCGACGCCCCCAGCCCCACCAUGUCGGAUGACUCCGCCGGGUCCCCCUGCCCCUCUGGAUCCGGCUCGGACACGGAGAACACCAGACCCCAAGAGAACACCUUCCCCAAGGGGGACCCGGACCUGAAGAAGGAGAACGACGAGGACAAGUUCCCGGUGUGCAUCCGGGAGGCGGUGAGCCAGGUGCUGAAGGGCUACGACUGGACCCUGGUGCCGAUGCCGGUGCGGGUGAACGGCUCCAGCAAGAACAAGCCGCACGUCAAGAGACCCAUGAACGCCUUUAUGGUGUGGGCGCAGGCGGCCCGCAGGAAGCUGGCGGACCAGUACCCGCACCUGCACAACGCCGAGCUCAGCAAGACCCUGGGCAAGCUCUGGAGGCUGCUGAACGAGAGCGAGAAGCGCCCGUUCGUGGAGGAGGCCGAGCGGCUGCGGGUGCAGCACAAGAAGGACCACCCCGACUACAAGUACCAGCCCCGGCGGAGGAAGUCGGUGAAGAACGGGCAGGCGGAGCAGGAGGAGGGCGCGGAGCAGACCCACAUCUCCCCUAACGCCAUCUUCAAGGCGCUGCAGGCAGACUCGCCGCAGUCCUCCUCCAGCAUCAGCGAGGUGCACUCGCCCGGGGAGCACUCGGGCCAGUCCCAGGGGCCCCCCACGCCGCCCACCACGCCCAAGACGGACCCGCAGCCGGGCAAGCAGGACCUGAAGCGGGAGGGCCGGGCGCUGGGCGAGGGCGGCCGGCAGCCGCCGCACAUCGACUUCCGCGACGUGGACAUCGGCGAGCUGAGCAGCGACGUCAUCUCCAACAUCGAGACCUUCGACGUCAACGAGUUCGACCAGUACCUGCCACCCAACGGGCACCCCGGCCAGGUCACCUACACGGGCAGCUACGGCAUCAGCGGCGCCGCGGGCACGCCGGCCGGAGUCUGGAUGUCCAAGCAGCAGCCGCCGGCGCUGAGCGCCGAGCAGGGCCAGCAGCAGCAGCAGCAGCAGCAAAGGACGCACAUCAAGACGGAGCAGCUGAGCCCCAGCCACUACAGCGAGCAGCAGCAGCACUCCCCGCAGCAGCAGCAGCAGCAGCAGGUGAGCUACAGCUCCUUCAACCUGCAGCACUACGGCUCGUCCUACCCCAGCAUCAGCCGCGCGCAGUACGAGUACGGCGAGCACCAGGGCUCCUCGGGCUCCUACUACAGCCACGCCGGGCAGGGCAGCGGGCUCUACUCCACCUUCAGCUACAUGAGCCCCACGCAGCGCCCCAUGUACACCCCCAUCGCCGACACGGCGGGGGUGCCCUCCAUCCCCCAGACCCACAGCCCGCAGCACUGGGAGCAGCCCGUCUACACGCAGCUCACCCGGCCCUAAGAGGGGAGGAGGGCGUGACAAAAAAAUUAAAAAAAAAAAAAAAAUAAAAAAAAAAAAAAAAUUAAAAAAAAAAUAAUAAAAAAAGGGCAGGAAAGUGACGAAAAAAUUAGUGAAAAAAGAAAAAAAAUCAGCAGAGCGCGAACGAGUUGGCUCGGACUGGUUCGGUGUUUGAAAUUGAAAUGAGAAUUCAAAAGACGCUCGCAGUGGAAGCUGGCGGGGAGGAGAGAGCGCCUCGAGCCUUCUGCACUACAGCAUCCUCCAGGACCUGCUCCCGGCCCCGAAAUUUGGGACAGACUUGCCAAGGACUGGACUUGAACUCUGCUUCUUCCAGCGUGGAGAGGAGAUUUCCACCCAACCCGCCCAGCUGGCUCCUUCUCUGGACUUUUGUAAUGAUUUUUUGGUUUUUUUAGCAGUAAUUAAAAGCAAGACAAAAAAAUAAAAAAAAACAAAAAGAAGAAAAAAAAAAGGGGGGGUAAAAGAGAAAACUCAGAGUCCUCUGUGAGGAAUAUUCUCUAUUUUAAAUAUUUUUAGUAUGUACUGUGUAUGAUUCGUUACCAAUUUGAGGGGAUUUUUACCUAUUUUUUAGAGAUUUUUUUCAAAUGCUCUUAUUUUUCCAACAGCUAAAAAAAAAAAAAUGACACUUAGUGGAGCAGCCCUAGGUUUUCUUGCAGAGGUAUUUUUGUAUAGAGAAGUGUCUUUUUUUGCUCUAAAAAUGAAACUAAACCAGCGUGCUCUGCCCUGGGAACCCAGCUCUGGGGCAGGCACCAGCAUGGGAGAGGCUUUAUUUUUCUAACUCGUAGCAAAACCAGCCAGGAGGAGAACUUCACUUUAUUUUUUAAUUACCUUGAGCC